GUAUCUCUGCAAAUCUCAGUGAUCUAUAAAAAAUUAACCUAAGUGCCUCAGAAAUAAUAUCUUCACCCUCCUUAAGUACUCUGGCAUGUAUCUCAUAUUAUUGUGUUCUUCUUGCAAAUUACUAAUGCUUGUUGUCUUUUUUCACUUCACAGUUGCAAGGUGUUCAUGGAUGCUACCAUCCGGUUGGUUCAUGCAAGAUCUCCUGAAGAUAUAAGAAGUUUUCCAUGCUUCAUGAAGAUUACUGGACAACAUAACCACCCCUUAGAUACAGCUGAUGUAUUAAAUCAGCUGAGAGUUUCUCCAUGCACCAGAGAGAUGUUUGAAAACUAUUUCAGACAAGGUAUGGCACCUGGACAAGCCUACAGGCACCAUUUGCUGAAGAUGGAACUUGACGAAGACUUGUACAAUCAAGCCAAGAAAUCAAUAAAUCCUUCUCCGAAGUCCGUCGAGUAUAUGUGGAGUACAUGGAAGAAAAAGGAACAUGGAGGACUGAAUACGCCGUCAAUGUUUGAUGCCAUCAAGACAUACGCUGAAAAAAAUCCGGACCUCAUUAUAAAGAUACACAAUGAAGGGAAUCAAUUUGCAGUUGUUUUGGUCACCCCAUUCAUGAUGAGGGCACACAAGCUGUUGCAAGAAGCUGGAGAAGUUGUAUUUGUUGAUGCAACAAGUUGUGUUGAUCAGGUCAACACAGCAGUGAUACCACUUCUCUGUUCAGGACCAGCUGGGGCUGUACCAUUGGCUGUCCUGUUCACCUCAUCUCAAGAUGAAGCAACACUAACAAAAGGAUUUGGUAUGGUAAAGGAGGCGAUUGGGGAGGAUGGAUUUUUUGGUCAAGGAGGUCCACAAAAUUUCAUGACAGACAACUGCAAUGCAGAAAGAAAUGCAUUGGCAGCCAUUUGGCCUAAUUCAAAACAAUACCUCUGCAUUUUUCAUGUUCUCCAACAAGUAUGGCGCUGGCUUCUUGAUUCUAAACAUGGAAUCAAUAAGAAUGAUAGACAAGAAUUGAUGAGUGCAGUUAAACUACUUCUUCAUGCCGAGUCAAUUGACAGAUUUGAAGAUCAACUGGAGAAAGUUCAGCACCAUCCUCUUCUUCAGAAAUAUCCCAAUUUCAAGAGCUACCUAAACACCUUGGACCAAAGAAGAGAUUGGCAGUGUUGGCUCUAG